CGCACUUCACUUCCCUCUGCUAGAGGAUGCAACGUAUGCUCUGUCUGUGAAGGCAUGUAUUAUCUCUCUGUGCUCAAAGGUGCUCGAGUUUCCUGAGUUUAACAGUUGAAGUUUGGAAAAAAUCAGCAGCAUUGGACUGAGCUCGGAUCUCUUUCUGAUGUUUCAUUAAAUUAAAAGAGCUAAACUCUAUGCAGGUGAAUCUCACGGUUGAAGAGUUCAAAGAGCAGGUAAAGAUACAGCUGGGCGACUUCAGUCUUGAAUAUCAUAAUGAACUCCGUUCCUAAACCUUCCCUGGAUUACAGAGCCGAGGAGUAACUCCACGAGACUUCAGAAUGCUGUGUAGCUUGCAGUGUUUUAUUCUUAGUGAUUAGAAGGAUGUCUUCAUCGUCUGUUGGACACCACUGAUAUUUGUUUUCACACUCAUUAUUAUUAUCAAUAACUACGACAGAAGGAUGGAAGAGACCUCGGUGAAAUGCGUCCUGGUCGGGGACUGUGCGGUGGGUAAAACAGCACUUCUUGUACGAUUCACGUCUGAAACGUUUCCAGACAGCUACAGACCUACGAUCUAUGAAAACACUGGCGUCGAUGUAUUCAUGGAUGGAGUCCAGAUCAGCUUGGGAUUGUGGGAUACAGCAGGCCAUGAGACAUUCCGACAAAUCCGGCCCAUGUCCUAUCAGCAGGCGGAUGUGGUUUUGCUCUGCUAUUCUGUGGCAAAUGCGAAUUCGUUAAAUAAUUUGCGGCACAAGUGGAUCGCUGAAGUGAGGGAACAUCUCCCGAAGGUUCCUGUGCUGGUUGUUGCCACACAGACGGACCAUCGUGAGAUAGGCCCAUAUCGUGUCAACUGCACCGCGGCAUCGGAGGGCAAACAGGUGGCACAGGAGAUCCGUGCCAAGGGAUACCUGGAAUGCUCGGCUCUCAGCAAUCGUGGCGUGCAACAGGUUUUUGAGUGUGCCGUUCGGACGGCUGUUAAUCGUGCACGAAGACGGACACGGUGGAGACUGAUGGACCUUAACCCCUGUAAAGUCUCCUGAUGCUUUUAAGAGAGCGAUGUCGCUUGCUUCUCAUGCAUCACUAAGACACAAUUGUUUCUCACACACAACACCAACUAUUUCUUAACUUCUUAACACUGAUAUCUUGAUAAUGUUUACUAAAAAGACUGAUUGAUUGAUUUUGAGUCCUCUAGAAAGGCUCUGAAAUCUGACUAUACAUUAGACACAUUACAGAUAUUUAUUCAUUACAAAGAUGUGUCCUUGUAAAAUGUAAAAAGACAUGUGCAUCUUUUAUUGCUACUGUAGAUUGUGGCUCUUCAACUUCAGGUUCAUAUUUCAUUCUUGUGAAUUGAAACGGAGCCUAUCAAUCUGCCAAGGAUUCACAUUAGCUCAUAAUAAUCAGAUCACAUUCUGUAAUCUUAAUUUUAGAUGCCGAUUAAAUUGGUUACGAAUUUCUGA